AUGAUUUCUUCAUUGUUUGGACAUCUAUAACAACUUCUGAAGAAGCACGAUUCCGUUGGAUUAUUACAAAUCAAUUUAUUCAAUAAAUUUUUAUAAAUUGAUUAAGUUUCCAUAAUCCAAUCAGUAUUUCUCGCAAAUUUUGGAAAAUUACAUCCUAAAUAAGAAAAUGGAAUCGUAGUUGUGAACGCCAUCUGCAUUGUAUAAACUCAAUUUUUUAACGAGCAGUUUGAAAUUUUAAAUAUCCGCGAGGGUCGCCCCGUAAAAAUGUUCUUAUUUGGUGGAAUGACCCAUAUGUACUAUACUAAAUUAUGAAAACAAAAUGGCCCAUUGCACCCACCAGCGUCAUAGAGUGAAUGCCGAAUAGUUAUUACGUUAUUAGUUAAUUUAUGUGAAUAAUAAUAAAUUGAAAAGAGUACUCGAUAUUUUUUCUUAUUGCGCCGGUCCGUAUUUUUUUAUAAUAAACAACAUGCCUAAACAAAAAUCUAUUGUUUGGAAUCAUUUUUCUGAAUAUCUUGACGGCAAACAAAUUUUACACGGGAAAUGUAAAUACUGUGGCAUUACUUACGUUUCUAAUGCUAAGCGUAUAGAAAUCCAUUUAACUAAAUGUAAUAAGUGUCCAGAUGCAAUAAAAGAAAGUUAUUUAGCUGCUAAAAUUUGUGAUAUUUCUUUGUUAAAGGAACUUUCAUCGAAAAAAUCAAGUCAAAGCAACUUGAAUAACUUAAUUGACAAAAUUCCAAUUGAAAAAAAAAAAGAUAAAAUGGAUAAAAUGUUAGCUCGUGCUGUAUAUUCAAGCUGCUCACCUUUCAGACUGGUUGAAAAUCAUUAUUUGAAGAGAUUUUUGAAGUUCAGUUCACCUGGAUACACUCCACCAUCUAAGGAUCAAUUAUCUGGUAGACUUCUAGAUGAAGAGUAUCAAUUAUUGAAAUCUGUGAUGAAGAACAAAUUAGAAAGUGCAAAUUCGUUGACGAUCUUAUCUGAUGGCUGGACAGACAUUAAUCAUUGUUCAAUUAUAAAUAUCGUAUUUAUGGCACCCGAACCAAUCUUUUAUAAGGCGAUUGAUGCUAGUGCAGAAUCGCAUACUGGAACCGUUAUCGCUGGAAUUCUCAGUACGGUUAUUGAAGAAGUAGGACCGCACAAAUUCCAUGCGUUGGUCACAGACAAUGCAAAAAAUAUGAAAUCUGCUUGGAGUAUUUUAAAAGAUAAAUAUCAUCAUUUAAUUACUUUUGGUUGCGUGGCCCAUGGCCUGAAUUUAUUAGUUAAAGAUGUCCUUUCGGUAAAAGAAAUAGAAGAAAUAAUUGAUAAAUCAAAAACAAUUAUCAAAUUUUUUCUAAAUCACACUUUGCUUUAUUCCGUAUUAAAAGACACACAACGUCAAAAAACUAAUAAAGUACUACAUUUGUUGCUACCUGUUGAUACGCGCUGGGGUUCAUACAAUUCAAGUUUAAACAGUCUGCUCCGUAUUAAAGAAUCGUUGCAGAUAGCAACCUUUGAUAAAGACGUGUUAAAAAUGAUUACUGAAAAAAUGCGUCAAGAUAUCAGAAAUGACAGUUACUUUUGGCCAAUGGUGCAGAAUGUUCAUGAUUUGAUUGAAGUUCCCUGUUCAGUUAUUAAAUGCUUGGAAGGAGAAUAUCCAACACUAUUGAAUUUAUCCAAAAAAUUGAUUGAUAUGUACGGAGAUUUUAUUGAAAAAUCAUAUUUCCUAGAAGAAAAAAGUCAAAGUUACGUUGAAGACAAGUACUUGGAGCGCAAAGAUUUUAUCUCCCAUCCGGUACAUUUUGCAGCGCAUUUAUUAAACCCUCAACUCAUUAAUUGCCCAUUGGUUGAAACUGAUAAAAUCGAAGCUGUUGAUUUCAUUGAAUAAUUCGCAGAAAAUUUAAAGCUCAAUAGUCAACAAGUUAUUACAGAUUUAGGUGACUAUUGCACUUAACAAGCAGUUUGGAACAACAAGUCUCUUUGGACUGAAAGUAAAAUAUCCAGUCCAAUAACUUGGUGGAAA